AUGGCUGAGCCAAAAAAAAAUGAUUACGAUUCUACGGUUUAUGUCAAAAUAGAAAAUCCAGAAGGAAUUGAGUAUGGGGAAAACCAUCUGAUCAUUAUCAACGAUAAAUUAGAAAAGUGUCUUGGAGAGUCCAUACGAGACGCUAUUGAUGAUGUUUGUGAGAUAAUUGAAAGAUGGCAAAAAAGAGUUGCAAAAAGAUAUAAUCAAAAUUUUAAUUGUAAUUAUGAAGAAUUCCAUCACCUUUAUUUUGAUUUGAAAGCGGGAGUUGAAGUGAGUGACUAUAGGAUAAAAAAUAACCUUAUAAAGGUACUAGAAAAAGGAAAUAUUAAAUAUUAUGAGCUUCAAACCAUGUCGCUCUACAAACAACAUCGGAAUAAGGUAGCACACAAGAAAAAAUGGAAACCGGAGGAUAAAAAUAAAGGACAACGCAAAGAGGCCACUAAAAUGCCCUUGAGUGUAUUAAAAUAG